UCAUACCCCAUUUUCGUAUUCUCAUCGAGUUCACUUAAAGUUUGGAUCACCUCGGCCUUUUCAGUUUCAGUUUUGCGUUUAAUGCGAGCACAACAAAAUAAGACAUGAAGCUCUACGCCCUGCUCUCACUUUUGGUGGGAUCUCUGGCCAUUGGCCAGAUCUCCGCCGCCGGCUCACAUCAUCUGCUCUGCUACUACGAUGGCAGCAGCUUUGUCCGCGAGGGCCUCUCCAAGCUCAUCUUGAGCGACUUGGAGCCCGCUUUGGCCUACUGUACCCACUUGAUCUACGGCUAUGCCGGCAUCAAUCCCUCCAGCAACAAGCUGGUGAGCAACAACGAGAAGCUUGACCUGGACCUGGGCAGCAGCCUGUUCCGCCAGGUGACUGGCCUGAAGCGCAAAUACCCGGCCCUGAAGGUCCUCCUCAGCGUGGGCGGUGACAAGGACAUCGUUGAUCCGGACAACAACAAGUAUCUGACUUUGCUGGAGAGCAGCAAUGCCCGCAUUCCGUUCAUCAACAGCGCCCACUCGCUGGUGAAGACCUACGGCUUCGAUGGCCUGGAUCUCGCCUGGCAGUUCCCCAAGAAUAAGCCCAAGAAGGUCCAUGGCGGCAUUGGCAAGUUCUGGAAGGGUUUCAAGAAGAUCUUCACCGGUGACUUUAUCGUUGACGAGAAGGCCGAGGAGCACAAGGAGGAGUUUACCGCGUUGGUUCGUGAGCUGAAGAACGCCUUCCGUCCUGAUGGCUACCUGCUGGGAGUCAGUGUCCUGCCCAAUGUCAACUCUUCCCUGUUCUUCGAUGUGCCCGCCAUCAUCAACAACCUGGACUAUGUGAAUCUGCACGCCUACGACUUCCAGACGCCGGAACGCAACAACGAGGUGGCCGACUUUCCGGCUCCAAUCUACGAGCUUAACGAACGCAAUCCCGAGUCGAACAUCAACUACCAGGUGAAGUACUGGACCCAGAACCGUGCUCCCGCUGCCAAGAUCAAUGUGGGCAUUGCCACCUACGGCCGUGCCUGGAAGCUGACCAAGGACUCUGGCCUCACCGGCCUGCCUCCAGUGGCCGAAACCGAUGGCGUGGCCCCCGCUGGCACCCAAACCCAGAUCCCUGGCCUUCUCAGCUGGCCCGAGGUCUGCGCCAAGCUGCCCAAUCCGGCCAACCAGCAUCUGAAGGGCGCCGACGGUCCCCUGCGUAAAGUGGGUGAUCCCACCAAGCGCUUCGGCAGCUACGCCUAUCGCUCUGCCGACGACAGCGGCGAGAAUGGAGUCUGGGUGAGCUACGAGGAUCCCGACACGGCGGCCAUCAAGGCGGAGUAUGUGAAGCGUGAGGGUCUGGGCGGUAUUGCGGUGGUGGAUCUGAGCUUUGACGACUUCCGCGGCGGUUGCACCGGCCACGACAAGUAUCCCAUUCUGCGCAGCGUCAAGAGCAAGUUGUAAAGCGGUUAUUUGGGACAUGUUUAAGACAUUUACUACCCUCACUUUUCUCACAGUGUUUCUUCUCUGUAAUCGACAAGCAAAUCUGUUUAAUCAUUAAAAAGCAAAUUAAAAUAACAUUGACACCAAAAA